AUGAAGGCGCAGGAAGUCCACAUCAACAUGGUGCGCCAAUACCGUUGUGCCCAGACCCGGAUGAAUCACAUGUCUGAAGAUGCCACCAAGCCUGGGAGAAAGGACAACUUUGAUGAGUUCAUCAAGAUUGACAUUGAUGCCUGUGAUGAGGCCAAAUUCAAGUGUCCGCGGAACAUUGCCAAUGCCAAGAACCUUGAACGGCUUUGGAGACCACAGCUGCAUCUCCAUGGAUCCUUGAUCUGGGGUGUUGCAGAAUGCUACUACGUUAUGGAGCCGGAUAUCCCCAAGGAUGCCUCUACAGAAGCCACAAUAUUGUGCAAGGCCUUGGACGAUGCAGCAGAUCUACUCCGACAGCGAUCUACUUCAAUGCCAGGCAACCUCAUACUGGAGGCCUGA